AUGGAAUACGGUAACUGUCCUUACGCGGCAACCAACAGCAAGCCGGGCGAGAAGAAACUACGCACACGCAUUUGCGUCGGUUUUUCUUCUGAGGCUUCUGUCGAGGCCGUCCAAGACUACCUUCAUACUGGACUACGUCAAUUGGGUAGAGUCGCUGGGUGCUACCCUUCUCCGUUGCAGUAUGGAGAAAUUGUGAAGAUCGGAUCAUGCUUGUUUAUUCCUGCAGAAGUUAACUUCUCAGCUUAUGCAAAGGAGCUGAUGAGACUAUUUGAUUUCAAAGUACCUAUUGGUAUCAAGAUGGACUGGGUUUCUAUUCCGUACACGGGACGAGCAAAGUACAACGAACGGUCUCCUGGAGUGACUAGUCCACAUUGUUUCACUCGGAGGAUUCAUGCCAAGAGAGUUGAUCGCACUUUGAGGUCGAUUCUCCACCCAGCAACUACAAAACCUGACUUUCCAUUUGCAGCACUGGCCACCUACAUCAGUGAUUGGAAGUCGGCGCAACAAGGAUUGCUGAGUGUCAAGGCCUACGGUCCGGUGAAGGAUGCGAUCCUGACCUUGAUCAGUAAGUUACAGGAUUACUACAUUUUGACGGAGGUUCUUUAUCCAGGCAUCGACUUCACCAGAAUGUUCAAGUUUGCUACUACACGGUUGUACGGUUCUUGCACCCUGUUCAAAGUGCUCUUGUCUAUCAAGGCCACUCCGGCCCAGGCUGAUCAAGCUUCCACAGCUGCCAAAGACAAACCCUCUCCAACAACUGCCGACGACGACUCAUCUGAAGAGGAGGACGAUGAAUCUCAGGAGGGAGCGGUUUCUCUAUCCGGGGCAUUCACGAAGGUGACAAAGAAGAAGGUGAAGAAGCAGAAGAAGUCACCCCUUUCGGAUAACCUCAAGAAUCAUUUUCUCAAAGAUCUGUCCCCGAAUAAUAACUGA